CCCACCUUCACACGGUAAGGAUAUAUAAGAUUGGGAGAUCCGCAACUUGAAGACCACACCAAAACGCCUAACCUCCUUGUAUAUUUCUUGUCGCAUAUCAGAAACUACUGCCGAUAGCAUCAAAUUUUGCUCUUUUGGCAUUGUGUAGUUGCGACUAGGUUGUCGUCUUGUACUAUCUUCCUAUUUUCUAGAUUUGAAUCCCUUUGUGUCUUGUGUUUCCUUUUAUCCCUUUAGUUUUUUUUUGUUUCAUUUUCGCUUUCAUUCCUGGAAAGCGAUUCCAAGCUUUUGAUUUAGAUUAUAUAAAAAGCUGGAGUUGUUUCCUCGAUUCAUCUCUCUACGGUUUGUUGAUUCCUUUUUUAUCUCUUUCAAGUUUUGUGUUUACAACCACUUUGCUCUUUAAAACCGUAAAAAAAAAAUUAUGUCCUCGAAUGUGAUUCCUCAAGGCUCCAAUGCCUCUUUGAACCCUACUUCUGGUGCGGAAAACACUCUUCGCCAACGUAAAAUUCCUACGGUUCCCGUUGUCCCUGAACGUCGUUUCGAUCCAAAGGCUCCCAAACACAUUCAGGAACAGCCAUGGACUCUUAAGAACUUUUGGCGUCACUUUAACUGGCUUCAUUUGACUCUUCUGUUUAGUUUUCCUUGUAUCGGUAUUUAUGGUAUAUUAACUACUCCCUUGCACACAAAGACUCUUAUCUUUUCCUUCAUUUACUAUGUCUUCUCUGGUCUCGGUAUCACUGGUGGUUACCAUCGUCUUUGGGCUCACCGUUCUUACAAGGCCAAGCAACCCCUCCGAUGGUUCUUUGCUGCCGGCGGUGCCGCUGCAUUCGAAGGUUCCAUCCGUUGGUGGGCUCGUGACCAUCGUGCUCAUCACCGUUAUACUGAUACCGACAAAGACCCUUAUAACGUUAAAAAGGGUUUCUGGUAUGCCCAUAUAGGUUGGAUGAUCAUCCUCCAAAACCCACGCCGUAUUGGUCGCACUGACAUCUCUGACUUGAACACCGACAAGUUUGUUGUAUGGAACCACCGUUACUUCAUUUACUUGGCUACCUUUAUGGCCUUUGUCGUACCUUCCCUUGUUUGUGGUUUUCUUUGGGGUGACUUCCGAGGUGGUUACUUCUACGCUGGUGUCUGCCGUCUCGUGUUUGUUCAUCAUGCUACCUUCUGCGUGAAUUCCCUUGCUCAUUUGAUUGGUUCUCAACCUUUUGACGAUACUAACUCUGCCCGUAACCACUACAUCACUGCCCUCGUUACUCUCGGUGAGGGAAACCAUAAUUAUCACCACGCUUUCCCUAACGACUACCGUAAUGGUUUGAGAUGGUACGAAUACGACCCCACCAAGAUUAUUAUCUGGCUUUGCAGUCUUGUUGGUCUCGCCUAUGAUCUUAACACUUUCCCUCAAAAUGAGAUUGAAAAGGGUCGUGUCCAACAAGAGCAAAAAGUCUUGGACCGCUGGCGUGCUCGCCUUAACUGGGGUACUCCUUUGGAAGUUCUCCCUGUCAUGGAAUUUGAAGAAUUUUUGGAGCAAAGCAAGACUCGUCCUCUUAUCCUCAUUAAUGGUGUCGUUCACGACGUGACCGGCUUACAACACCCCGGCGGUCAAGGUCUUUUGCGUUCUGCCUUUGGUAAGGAUGCCACUGCUGCUUUCAAUGGUGGUGUAUAUGAACACACCAACGGUGCUCAUAAUUUACUCUCCACCUACCGUAUUGCCGUUGUCCGUGGUGGUAUGGAAGUUGAGGUUUGGAAGUCUGGUGCCGGUGAAAAGAUACCUAUGAAAGAUACUUUCGGUCAAAGGAUUGUUCGCGUUGGUGAUCAACCUACUCGCCUUCAGCCUCCUAUUGAAGCCGCUGCUGCUAAUUGAAAUGUCUUGUAUUUCUCUUUUUUCUUAAUUUGAAAGUAAAUUCCUUGGGAGGUGAUGCUACGUUAAUACUAUAAUGCAUAUUUAAUAAAUUAUAAUUCACAAGCUAAAUUCAUGGUCGUGUGUUGGUUCCCUUGUAAGACAGUACUGUAGAGGAAAACGGG